AUGUCUGAAUAUGACAAUGUUCCGGGUGGUGCUCUAAGACUUAAAGGCGCAUUAGCUAAAGAGAUAAUUGAAGAAGAAACCAGUAAACCGAUUCGUGUUGUAACUAAAACUGAGGCAGAAAAGAAGUUCGAAGAGAUUCAAAGAAAGAGGUUGGAUGAAAAGGUAGAAAAGGCUGCGAGAAAAUCACACAAAGAACGUGUGGCGGAAUUAAAUAGAAAAUUAGAAGAAAUGACAGAACAUUACGACAUUCCCAAGGUUGGUCCUGGUUAA